UUGUUUUCACUUUUCGUUUGACUUUUUUUUUUUUCUGUUAUUCGAUAUUUCUAUCCUCGGUACUUCGGUAGUCGCGUGACGUGUACGACGACUUACCGUAAUACCGUAGUGUCGUAGUGCUCGCGGUUGACGAUAUUAUUUUCGUUGCACGCACACUCCGACUCCGGCUCGUAUCCCGUUACGGACGGUCGUCAUCGAGGCGCCGGUGGGUGGGAAUUAUCGACAUGGUCAUGUCGCUCGACGAGCCCCCUCCCCUACCCCGUGUAUUCCCUUUAGAUUAAAUCUAAAACUAUUCUAAAAUCCACACGUUCAAGUACUCGGGUACUUAACUUUGACGCCGCCGAGACGGCACACCUGUUGUUGUUGUUGUAGCCGAGUGUUGACUGGUUGUCGUCGUGCGUAGAGUAGCACAUAAACUACCUAUAAAGAGAAAAUAAAGUGGUCGUCGUCGUAGUCGUGUUAUUUGGGUACUUAUUCCGUUUACGCCGAAGUGGUACAGACUACAGAAGUCGACCGAUUACCUAUAACUUCAAACAAAAAUGGAUUGGGAAUCAUUUUAUGACACGCACCCUUCUCCUUCAAACUAUGAAUCUAUUAUAACUGCUGUAGAAAAUUUUGUGUGCAGCCAUGAAAAUGAAAAGAUGGUUUUGAUAACUUCUGGAGGAACUACAGUACCAAUUGAACAAAAUACUGUCCGCUUCGUUGAUAAUUUUAGUCUUGGCACUAGAGGUUCUGCUUCUGCUGAAUACUUUCUUGAUGCUGGAUAUGUUGUUAUAUUUCUUUACCGCUCAAAUUCAUUGGAGCCAUUUGUUCGCCAUUUUAACAAUUCGCUAUUAGAUAAAUUGGAGAUAGUGGACGAUAAAUCAAUUCAAGUGAAACAAAGUGAGCUUGAUACACUCUAUCCGAUAUUGAAGAAGUACAAAGACGCUAAAAAUGCUAACAGAAUCUUGACAGUUCCUUUCACUACUUUGAUAGAGUAUAUGUGGUUGCUGAGAGGUUCUUGCAUGCUUAUGGAUACCAAGUAUUCUUUACUAUAUUUAGCUGCUGCUGUUUCAGACUUUUAUAUACCUCCUAGUGAAAUGGCUGAACAUAAAGUCCAAUCUAAUGAUGGACCUCCAAUGAUUGCUUUACGAUUGGUACCUAAAGUUUUAUAUGCUGUUACUCAUAUUUGGGCUCCAAAUGCAUAUAUCAUUUCAUUCAAAUUAGAGACUGAUUAUGGAAUUUUAGAACAAAAAUCCAAAGGAGCUCUCAUUAAAUACAAACAUCAACUUGUUAUUGGAAAUCUACUACACACAAGGAAACGUAAUGUCAAGUUAAUAGGUCAAGAUGGUGUUAUUGAAGAUAUUUUAUUGACUGAUGAAGAUAUCAAAAAUGGAAUUGAGAUUGAAGAUUUAAUAGUAUCAAAUGUCAAAGCUAAACAUGACCGAUUCUUUGAAAGUCAAAAAUAAUGAACAAAUUUAUCUAAAUUACAGGCAAACAGCAAUUAGGGAUUUUGCUAUUUUUUCAUUUUUAUUUGACUGAAAAAUAUAUAAUAUUACAUUAUGGUAUUUUUUAAACUUUAAACGGCAAUCUCCCAAUUUGUAGUAUUUUGUUUUGUAACUUUUAAAGCUUCAAUAAUUUUUCUUUUAUUCAUUUAUGUUAUAAGUGAAAACAAUUUUCUUAGUAGUUAUUAUGUAGAAUUUGCCAUGGUUGUUGUGUGUAUGUCUUUAUGGGAACUGUUUUUUGUACUCCUACAACGUUAAAAGUUUCUAGUAUUAACGAUAUUAGUUGGUCCUCAACACGGUUCAGUAGCUCUUAUUUUAAUAUAUAUUUAUUUAUUUCUAAACACAUAUUUAACUUAAGUCUUGCACCAACUCUCAUUAAUUUUACAUUUAUGUGCAUGUACCACUAUAAAAAAAUAUAACAAAUUGUAAUAAUAUUAAUGUUUUUUAUUAUGUUGGGAAAAUCAUCUAAAUGAAGAAUAUUAUUACAAAAUGCCUGGUAUUUUAUUGUCAAUUAUUUGUUCAUACACAAUUAAGCCCAUUGUAGUUUUUUGUUUUCCUGUAAAGUUAACAUAUUCAGGAACUUUUGUUUGGUGAUUAUUAUAAUUCUAUUUUUUUCUUUAAACUGUUGAAACAAAAUUUGAUUAUGUACAAAUAAACAAUUUGUUUUAUAUAUAUUUUUUUUUAUAUGUGUUUUAAAAUAUUUUUUGGGUAUUAUAAUUAUUUAAUAAGAUAAUAAACAUAUUUAUUUAUUCAAAUGGAUUUAAAUGUAUGUUCAAUUAAAUAUAUUACUAUCUUUUUCAAUUGA